AUGAUUCGCGCGAGGACGGCUCCCAUCGUAAACCGAGGGAGCAUUUACAGAGCUCGCCACGUUCAUCAACGCUGCGAAGCGGGCAAAAUAUUGGGCCAAAAAUCCUCCGGCUGCCUGAGAAGCUUCCUGCACAUGGGAGGAGAAGGCGGGUUUGGCAAGGGAGGCUUUGGAGACAAAGGGAAGGGCAAAGGCAAGAAGGGCAAAGGAAAGGGCAAGGGCAAGGGAAAGCAGGAGGAGAAGCAAUGGGUUCCGAUGACCAAGCUGGGACGGCUCGUGAACGACAAUAAGAUCAACAACCUGGAGGAGAUCUACCUGCACUCCCUGCCCAUCAAGGAGCCGGAGAUCAUUGAUCACUUCUACCCUCCUGGAAGCUUGAAGGACGAGGUGCUGAAGAUUCACCCCGUGCAGAAGAUGACCUCCGCCGGUCAGACCAACAGAUUUGUGUGCUACGUCUUGGUGGGCGACACCAACGGCCACAUCGGUCUGGGUUCCAAGUGCGCGAAGGAGGUGGCAACAGCUAUCCGUGGCGGCAUCAUUGCUGCUAAGCUGAACCUGAUCCCGGUCCGACGAGGUUUCUGGGGUAACAGGAUCGGCUUGCCCCACACGGUGCCAAUGAAAGUGCACGGAAAGUGCGGCUCAGUGCGAGCGCGCCUGAUCCCUGCUCCGCGCGGCUCCGGCAUCGUAGGCUCUCCAGUCAUGAAGAAGAUGAUGGCUUUCGCCGGCAUCUCUGACUGCUUCACCUGCUCCUGUGGACACACCAGGACGACGGCAAACUUCGCCAAGGCAACGUUCGAGGCACUGAAGGCCACGUACGGGUACCUCACCCCGGAUCUGUGGACGGCGACUCGCUUCACGAACUCGCCUUUCCAGGAGUUCACCGACUACCUGGCCCAGUCCAAGAAGGUGGCCACCUACUGCCCGCGACGCAUGGGAGGAGAAGGCGGGUUUGGCAAGGGAGGCUUUGGAGACAAAGGGAAGGGCAAAGGCAAGAAGGGCAAGGGAAAGGGCAAGGGCAAGGGAAAGCAGGAGGAGAAGCAAUGGGUUCCGAUGACCAAGCUGGGACGGCUCGUGAACGACAAUAAGAUCAACAACCUGGAGGAGAUCUACCUGCACUCCCUGCCCAUCAAGGAGCCGGAGAUCAUUGAUCACUUCUACCCUCCUGGAAGCUUGAAGGACGAGGUGCUGAAGAUUCACCCCGUGCAGAAGAUGACCUCCGCCGGUCAGACCAACAGAUUUGUGUGCUACGUCUUGGUGGGCGACACCAACGGCCACAUCGGUUUGGGUUCCAAGUGCGCGAAGGAGGUGGCAACAGCUAUCCGUGGCGGCAUCAUUGCUGCUAAGCUGAACCUGAUCCCGGUCCGACGAGGUUUCUGGGGUAACAGGAUCGGCUUGCCCCACACUGUGCCAAUGAAAGUGCACGGAAAGUGCGGCUCAGUGCGAGCGCGCCUGAUCCCUGCUCCGCGCGGCUCCGGCAUCGUAGGCUCUCCAGUCAUGAAGAAGAUGAUGGCUUUCGCCGGCAUCUCUGACUGCUUCACCUGCUCCUGUGGACACACCAGGACGACGGCAAACUUCGCCAAGGCAACGUUCGAGGCACUGAAGGCCACGUACGGGUACCUCACCCCGGAUCUGUGGACGGCGACUCGCUUCACGAACUCGCCUUUCCAGGAGUUCACCGACUACCUGGCCCAGUCCAAGAAGUCAGCCAACGGCCCAAGCUCUGGCAGUGGUGUCGGGCUGGCGGCUUGGCAUCCACGAGCAGGUUUACCCAAUCCAGACAUCCAUGCAAAGGCCAAGGAGCAGCCCAUGCUGAGGCAAUGUGCUCCAGACCCCCAUCGUGAUGUUUCGGAGCGAAGCCACAUCGGCCAAGCUGCAAAGGCCUCAAGAGGAUCAGCAGCAUGGCGUCUCAGGCUGGCUGUGCUUGCUUUGGCCCUGCACAAGUCGGAGGGCAUCGAAAGGAACCCCCGGCUCAUGCGAAAGGACGCCCAGUUUGACGAUGGCUGGGCUCUACUGUUGCAGGUCACAGCAAAUGGCAGCUUGCUCCAAGAGAAGCAGAUGCCCGCGGUCAUGAACCCUGCUGCCGGAAUGGGUGGAAUGUCCACGGGCAUGGCAAACGGCAUGUCCAUGGGUCAGGGCAAUGUUCCCUUCGCCAUGGGCACGUCUGAUGAUAAUGAUGAUGACGAGGAGAAGAAAUCUACAACCACUCCGGCUCCCACCACAGCUGCCGCCACGACAGCAGCUGCCACGACCGCUGCGCCAACAACUGCAGCAGCCACCACUGCAGCAGCGACCACAGUAGCAGGAACCACCAAAGAGUCCGAGGAAAAGGAGAAGAACGGAGAAGGAAAGGCGUCAAAUUCCAGUUCAGCCAAUGCGACACCGCCUGUGAUCGUUUCGGCUGCCGCGCCUCCUGCUGGCAGCAAAGAGGAAGCCCAAGCCCAGGCCCAGGCCGAGCGGAGUGGUGGCGGCGGUGGUCUUACCUGGCUCCUGAUGCCCGUGAUUGGUGUGCUUGUGGUGGUGGCUGGCAUCUUUGGCAUCAAGAGAUGGAGGGAAAGAGCCGAUCGUCAGUCCUUGGGCAAAGACCGGCGGUCAUCUGCCGAAGACGAGCGCCGAAAGUCGAUGGACGCACAGACCGUGAACAAGGGCUACAAGAAGAACCUGCGUUCCUCCAAGCUCGAGGCUCCAGCCGAGGCCCCAAGCGACCGCGAUGCCAAAGCAGGCCGCAGCGGAGGGGCGGAUGAGGCUGGCAGAAGGUCCAGCUACCGGGAGCGCAGGAGCAAGUCCAACGAGCGGAGCAGCCCGAGUCCCUCCGAAGGUGCGGAGGCGUCAGCGACGCUGAAGCCGGGGGCAUCGCCCGGCUAUGGGGGGCGGCGCGGCGGCGGCGGUGGCGGUGGCCAAACUGCCGGUGCUUCCGAGUCCCCGGUGUCUGCCGAUGCAGCAAGUGGGGCCUCGCGGGUCUUCCUACCGGGCACGCCGCGAGGCAUCGGAGGGAUCGUCCCCAAAGAUGCAUGGGUGGAGAAGCCGCAGCGAAUAGCGUGUGGCUUCUACCAUUCCGCGGCCAUCAGCCGAGAAAGCGAGGCCUGGGUUUGGGGCCGCAACCAGUACAAUGUCCAUGGCCAGAAGUCCAAAUCGGAUGAUCGGGCCAGGGCAGAGGAACAGGACCCAGAAGGAAAACGCCAGCUCCAGCCAAAGCGCAAGGGCAAAUUUGGGAACGACAUCCACGAGGUGCAUUGCGGAACGAACCACACGGUGUUUCUGAAGAAGAACCAAUCCUCCGAUGCCUUCGGGUACGAAGUCUACACGACGGGCCUCGGAAAUCAGGGACGUCUCGGCGUAGGGCCGGGUAGCCUGUCAGGUGGCAGAGAGGAGGACGAUCAAGAGAUGGUGGAGCUGGACAUAUGGUGGUCGCGCAGCGGGGCCAUUAAGACGAUGUUCCCCUGGACCUCCGGGACGCGUGCGCUGCACAUCGCCUGCGGGGCAGACCACACACUGUGUCUGGCCACGGAUGGACAUGUUUAUGCUUGGGGCGUCAACAGCCACGGCCAGUGUGGCACGGGCUCCUCUGCGGCCUGGCAUCGGAAGCCGACGAGAGUGCAUCUGCCCAAGGACCAUGCCAUGGUUGGUCAUAUGGCUGCCGGGGCACAGCACUCCCUGGCCAUUAUCGACGGGGUGGUGUUCUCAUGGGGCAACGGCCGCAAUGGCCGCUUGGGCACAUCCCAAAGCGACGACUGUCGUGCCCCUAUGGACAUCGAGAUAACGCAUGAGAACCGAAUGGCUAUUGUUGCCGGUGGUGAAGCCCACAGUGGCGCUAUCGACAAGCGAGGCCGUGUCUACAUGUGGGGUGCCGGCGACUCCGGCAGGCUUGGAUUUCCAGAGAGCUUGGACGUUUUCGAGCCCAAACUCGUCUGGUCCUUCGAUACCACCGGCGUCACCAUCAAGACAUUGGCUUUGGGAGGCUUCCAUUCCCUUUUCCUGGAGGCUCAAGAGAAAGGGCUUGUGUACUCUUGGGGUGUCGGGGCCCACGGCCGCCUUGGACACGGCAACGAGACCACCCUGUGGGCGCCGAAGCCGGGGCCGCUGCCUAUGCCAACCGAGGCAGAAGUGCAGAAGGAUCAGAUCGUCUUCAUCCCUCACGAUGUGCUCGAAGACACGGACUCCAGCAAGGAUGCUCGCAUUGAUGAUGCGAAGUUGGCCUACGUGGUGGCCGAGCUCAGCUGCGGCUCCACGCACGCGUUCGCACGCACCCACGGCGGCUUCCUUUACGGCGUCCUGGCUCAAGCUGGGGCUGCGACUCCGUGGGGCAGCUCGGCUUCGCAGGAGAGCUUUCGCGAGACGUUUCACCCUUUGGCGGGAGAGGAGGGUCAGAUCUACUACUGGGUGCCGAAGCAGCUGGACAUCGGACGUGUCAUCAAGCAGGUGUCCUGCAUCACCCCACGUGUUUGGCUGUUUGAUAUUCCAGUAUCUGUGCUCCGGAGGUAUGCUGCGGACACGUUCACCCUGGCAGCGACCAUGUCGGAGGAGCUGCGAAGAUUGCUUGACGUCUUGACAGAGAUCGAGACGCCAACUCGCCGUGCCAAGUGCCAACCCUGGAUAGAGUUCAAACAGUGGCAGCGGGUGAUCCACGGUGCUGCCAUCGUCCAGGCUCCAACUGGAUUACUCUACACUUGGGGGAGCUCUGACAGUGGUGUCCUGGGCCUUGGACAGUUCAUCACAUCCGGGCCCUUGCACACCCCGACGAAGGUCAACUUCGACACGGACGGGCCUCAGUCCAAUCCGCUCCUUGUGAGAUGCGGCGCAAACAGCACUGCAGUGGUUUGCGGGCAAGGCGGCCCUUCGGAGACCGAGAACACGCUUUGGACGUUUGGCAACGGCUGGUAUGGCAGGUUGGGCCUCGGGAGCCAGGAGUCCCACAGCCGCCCGGCGCGCGUGAAGCUGCCGAAGACCGGGGUGCGAGAGCUCUCGCUGGGUGUUGACCACGCAGCUGCUGCGACUGGACAGAACAUGACAAACGACCUGCACCAUCACCCACAACUUCAUACCCUGAACCUCAAGACACCCCAAGUUCUGGGAGAUAUGGCCACACCAUACGGUUCAAGGUUUUGGGGUCGAGCUGUUCCAAGGGCUCUUGGAGGGUUGUGGUUGGAACGAAGAGCUGCCACAUCCUCGGAGUCCAUGAAUUUGGAGAGGCGACUUCCACAGCUGGGUUGUCACGAGCUCGUAAAGUUUGGCACAGGGCCGCCACACGAAACUCUCAAAAAGUCCACUCCAUUUGAGAAGAAUGUCCCGGCUGAGAUCACCCUGCAAGACGAGCUCUUCCUCUGGGGCAAAGGCUCCCUCCUGGGCGAGGUCCAGAACGUGUUGCAGCCGAAACGCUUCUUGAUCGAGGGCAGUUCGCACUUCAAGCUUGUCGUUUGUGGGGAGCUCGAGACAUUUUUGGUGGACAAAGCCGGCCACCUCCUGGCCUGGGGCUCCAACCGCUACGGGCAGCUGGGCCUAGGCCAGCAGAGCGGCUUGCAUGUGGCAGCGCCGUCGCAUGUGAAGCCGCUGCAUGAACCUGUUACUGACAUCGUGUCCGGCGGCAACUUCACUAUCGCAAGCCUCGAGAGUGGUGACGUCUGUGCCUGGGGCAACCAGACUUGCGGGCGCUUGGGCCUUGUGGAGACCAAGGCGGAGACGCUCACUCACGAUCAGAUCCUCACAGAUGCCAAGAGACUCAAGACCUUGCUGAAGAAUCCGGACCUAGUCUUGAAGUUCAGCGGAGGCCGCAACGCCAAGCCCGACUCGACAUCCGAGACAGCGACAUUUGUGUUGGAGCUGUCCAUGCAGCAACCAGAAGCAUCGGAGGCGAUGGCGAUCUUCCGGAAAUGGUAUGCCAACUCAGCGCUCCUGCUUCUCUCUCUCCGGCUCAAACCGGCCCGCCCAGAGCGGUCGCCGUUGAUCAAGGAGAUCCAGGAGGCCGUGGGUCCUGGACAUGAGAUCCAAUGGGCCACCUACGAGCUGGUGGCGGGGAUUUUACACCUGGGGCCCUCGCCCCAGCAAGGUGUCUGCAACUUCACGGCCAGGAGAUGUGGCACCUGCAAGUGCACCGGGGAUUUCGGCCCCCUCGGGGAGACCGUCGGCCCCUUCGGGGCGAUGUACAUUACAGCUCUCGUUAGCCGCGCUGAAUUCAUUUCUGAAUUCGGCGUGUCGCCUACGCCGCGCAAGGGACCAGGGGACGGUUCUGCGAUCGCAAAGUCAAAAAGACGAACGGAUCUGCUGGGAGCCCUCCUUGGUCGUAGCCUGCCUUCCUUGGGAGUUGCGAAGGGUGGGAAGAACAGGCGGAAGACCGUGCGCUCCAGCAAGGACACGGAGAGCGUGGCCGGGAAGACAGAGAAGUCGGAGGAGACGACGACGGCUACAGCCAAGGGCACCAAGGACAGAACGCAGAACGUAAGCUUCGUCAUCUUGCAGACGGUUCUCAAGCAGGAGGAUACGAAUCAGCAAGAAAGCGCCUUGAAAAAGGAUGCGGAGGAGUUUGAACAAAUGGUGCAGGAGUUGAUCCAGGAGAUCCGAAGCCUUCGCGACGAGGAGGAGGGCCUCCGCAAGAAGGUCAUGCAGCUGGGCGAUUCCGUGGUGACAAGUCUUCGCUGGUGGCCACACGUCGCUCAGCCAAACACCGCAAGCCCGCUUGUGGACGAGCGGAUGCCGAAGCAGAUUGCGACCUACAGCCGCAUGCUCUGGCUCCUCCAGCAGCAGCCCCUCUAUCUGGCACAGCUGUCGCAAUACAUCAGGGACGAGGAUGACACGGACACGUUCCUUGGCACCAUCCGCGCCCUUUAUGGAGACACUGCAGAUCCUCGGUGCCAGCACCUGCUGAACUCCCUGCUGAAGAUCAUGAUCUCCAAGGAGGCAGAGAACGCAGGUCAAGAGCAGCAGUUCUUGAACAGCAAGGGGUCCUCCAUGGCCUUCAAGGUCUUCUCACAGCAGGCGCUUCUCCAGGCCUUUGCCAAACAGGUGAUGCACCCUUUCCUCGGAUCCAAGUCGAAAGAUCUGCCGCAGGAAUCCAUCUUGGAGCUCGUGGGCGCCAUCUCCAGCAGCAGCUCUAACACCGGCUUCUGCCUGAGCUACGGUGACUUCAAGGAAAAGCUGGGAAAUGAGGACCGAGGCAAGGAGGAGGUGGAGUUGAAGAACAUCUACACGAUCGGCCUCAAUUCCUUCCGGCAGUUCCUCAUGGACAAAUUCCUUCCGGUCGUUCGGAGCAUGGAUUUGCCCCUGUUCAUGAAGCUUGCGUUGCGCAAUGUGGCGCAUGCGGCCCAGAGAUGGAAGGAUUCUCCGAGCCUCCAGGACAUCGAGCGAGACCUGCGCCCCUACUUACCGGCCCUACGUCUCUUUGUCUACGGAGUCAUGGAUCCACUGCUGCGGCAAAGCGUGCGCUUUGCAGUUCCCGAGUUUUUCCUGAAGAAGACGUCCAACGAUUUCAAGCCGGACGAGCCACAAACCGCCAUGAAUCUGGACGCCGUCGCCGACUUCUUGGAUCAAAUGCUCUGCAACAGCAUCGACCCCAAAGAGAAAGCUUUGAACUCUGCUGCCAAGACUCUGAAGGAGGAGCUGCUCGGAUUCAUCCGCGACCAGAGCUCCGUGGAGGACACCACUGGUCCGGAUCUGCUUGGUGCCGUGCUGAAGGCUCACUUCUCGCAGGAACAGUGCUGCGUGACCAUGUUGCAGGCUGAGAUCAUGAAGCUCUCGAACCUCCUGAAGGAGUACAGCAGCAAGUUGCGGAUCAAGGAGCACGAUGAGCUGGACGCAUGCUCCCAGAAGACUCCCGACUGGGAGAAGGAGGUGAUCAUGAUCACGGAGCGCUACGAUGUGCCCCUCAACUUCCGCCUCAACUGCCGAUUCAUGAUCGACGAGAAGGACAUUGCCUUGUGCCAUCAGUCGCAGUGCCCGCUUCCGACGUCCGUGUGCAGUUCGCAGACGUCUCAGGAGCUGGUAAACAUCGACGAGGACGCCAUCGUCUCUGAGCAAGGUGCCUUCUUCGAGUCCCUCUUCCGCCGGCUGCCCCCGGUGCAGAGCAAAAGUUUCCAACAGCUGCAGCUCGGAUGCUCCAGGGACCGGUGCUCACAGAGGCUUUCGCUACCGAGGCACGUCGCGCUUGUCAUAAAUUCGGAGUUUCAUCUCCCAUCGCCAUCAUCACCGUCAAUGUCAUGGUUGUCGUCGGUGGUCCCAGUUGCCUCUGUUUUUUGUUGCUACUGCGGCCGUUGUUGUUCAUGUUGA